UCUGCAUUGAACGAUAUGAACAGACCAUAUUCUCAUUUUGCUUGCUGCUCAGCUGCCGAGAAGUUUUAUGUUGAAGGUUGACUUGGUCAUCUAAGAAGCCAGAUCGAUCAUUUGUAGAAUCCAACAUGGAAACAGUUCCCACUGAUUUCAAUAAAAGGAUUUACCAAGGAGUCCGAGUAAAACACACAGUAAAAGAUCUACUUGCUGAAAAAAGAUCUAGACAGACAACGGGUUCAAGGUUAAAUAGCAGUACCAACGUCUCCCAGACUCCAUUUGUCCAAAUGUCAAGUUCACCAGUGCUUUCUGGAUAUUAUGGUGUAAGGAGGUCAUUUUUGCCUGAAUCUGAAAUCCACACUACAAAGCAUUACCCAAACGAUCUAUAUUCUUCAUCUUUGGGGCCAAAGCCAUGUGAUCCUGCAUCCAUCCAAAGUUACCCUCCUCUGCUAGAUCCAUAUUUCAUAGAUGACUAUCGAGGCACUUCCAUAACGUCCGCCAAUGGGUCGCAUUUUAGUGCAUCAUCGCUACCACCUCUACUACCUCAUUUCUCCGGGGAUCCAUCACAUUAUUUAUUGAGAGACUCCUGGGAACAAACUGUGCCUGACACUAUCAACCAGCUGGAUGUUUUAUGCUCGGACACCUCACAAACAGUAUCUUCAUCCACCAGCUGUCUGUCUCCAGAAUCAGGGAGUUCUCACUACAGAAGCUCUAGUAGAGGAUCUGCGUCUCAAGCAUCUCAAGCCUACUCUUUACAUGCUCUCGAUGAUGUACAUUACUCUGCUAGUUUUCCAGCAACUUCAUCAUAUGCUUUCUCACCCUUUAUGGCUGUUACCAAUGAACUCAAUCCAAAGAUGGCUCACCAUCUCUCUCCAGAUGAAUCCUCAGAGACAAAUUCUUUGCAAGACAAUGCGACUUGGCCUAAGGAUGAUUCAAAUACAGUAUGGGGGCCAUAUGAAUUAAGGAGAAACUACUGAAGAUGUAUUAUGUGUUAAGUAAUGAAAGGGUGAUUUAGUGAUAAUAGCUCCUCAAAGACUGUAUAUUUUAGGUUUCAAUCCUUUAAUGGCAUCAGAGGAACAUUUUUUUAAUGUAGGCCCAUGCUUAAGUUACCUAUGUUGUUUGAUAUUUGCAAUAAUCACCCAGCUACCAGCAAGUCAAAAGUUAAGCAACUGCAUAUUAAUUAAUUGGAAUGCAUUUAUUUGCAUUAAUCUAUGUUAAUGUUAAAUAAUUAAAUAUACAUUUGAAGAUGAUUCUACUUGUUCAACCUUUCUUUGUAUUAAAAGACUUGUUGGUCUUUUGGUUCUUGAUGCUCUUCCUUAGCUUCCAAAUGUGGUUCCUUUGAUAUAAAUAAAUGUUAACAAAACAUAGAA